GUUUUCGUUUCGGUUCUUCGUUUUUGCCGGUCGCGUUGUAAAUUCGCGAUUUUUGUUUAACAAAACCACUAUUAUCUAGCAAUAUAGUACAAUGAAACGAUUAUCGGAAGAACAGACAAAGGUUUUGUUUGAAAAGUUGUCGAAAUAUAUCGGAUCGAAUGUGAAGCUGUUAAUAGACCGCACGGAUGGCACAUACUGCUUCCGAGAGAUGAAAUCGCGCGUCUACUACAUGUCCGAGAAAAUCCUGAAGCUCUCCGAAACGAUACCGAAGGAUAACAUGGUCGCAGUCGGUACUUGUUUCGGCAAGUUUACGAAGGGCAACAAAUUCAUUCUGCACAUCACGGCCCUUGCAUACCUGGCACCGUACGCUCAGUACAAGAUCUGGUUGAAACCAUCCGCCGAGCAACAAUUCCUGUACGGAAACCACGUCACGAAAGCCGGUCUGGGUCGAAUUACGGAAAACACUCCCGUAUAUCAAGGCGUGAUCGUGAUGUCAAUGAGCGAUGUUCCGCUGGGAUUCGGCGUGGCUGCGAAAUCCACCAAUGAUUGCAAGCUGGCCGAUCCGCUCAUAACCGUCUGUUUCCAUCAGGCCGACAUAGGCGAGUACGUUCGUUCGGAAGACACACUGAUAUGAGGAAAUAAAGGAAAUGUACAAAAUCAAUACG